AUGUUCGCAAUCGGCGCGCUCCCUCCGGUGUUCCUCGCCGCGGGGGUGCUGGCCAUGCCGGAGUCGCCGCGGUGGCUGUUGAUGCGCGGGCGCUACGAGGAGGCGCGCACCGUGCUCGUCUGCACCUCGGACACCCCAGCGGAGGCCGAUCUCCGACUCCAGGAGAUCAAGCCAGCUGUCGAGGCGCCGCAGGCAGCUGGCAGCAGCAGCGGGGGCGCCGUGUGGAAGGAGAUGCUGCUGCGGCCGACGAAAACCAUCGCCGCUGGCAGCAACAGCGCUAUCCUCGGCGCCACCAUCGCCGUGGGAGUGGUGAAGACAUGCUUCAUCCUCGUGGCGACGUUCUUAUCCGACCACGUCGGCCGGCGCCCACUUCUCCUCGCCAGCGCCGCAGGCAUCGCAGUGACACUGACCUGUUUGGGCCUCACACUCUGCGUCGGCGCCACGUCCAUGGUAAGCACGGCGGCAUGCGUCGCGUCGGUGCUGGCCUUCGUGGCCGCGUUCUCGGUUGGGUUUGGGCCGCUGGCUCCCGCGUACAGCUCGGAGAUCAUCCCGCUGCGGCUGCGCGCGCAAGGCACCAGCCUUGGUACGGCGGUGAACCGGCUGACGUGUGCGUUGGUGACCAUGACGUUCAUCUCGCUCGCCGACUGGAUCACCAUGCCCGGGUGCUUCUUCCUGUAUGCUGGUGUGGCAGCAGCUGCGUUCGUGUUCGUGUACUUGCAGCUGCCGGAGACUAGUGGGCGGAGCUUGGAGGACAUGGACGAGCUCUUCGCCGGCAAGUGA